AUAACAUUUUGCAAGACAGGAAACUAGAGAAGCAGAAAGAUAGGGCAAGUGCAGGCAGGAACGAUUUUGUCAUCCUUAAGACAGGCAACAAUCUCCAAGAUACUAGUAACUCAGAGGGGAAACCAGAAGGUCUCCUGUGAAGGUAUUUGAAUUUUGUUUGAUGCAUCCUUGAGAGAAGAGACGAAACUUGAGUCGCACACCCUAAAAAUCUGAAAUGGGCACUGAGGAGAAAGAUUCAGAGCCUGCAGCUCAACAACCAUCAGAGGAGAAGCAAUCACCAGACAAGGAAAAGGAAUCUCCCGUGGAGCCUCCUCCAGGACAAACAUCUGACACCACCGACCCCCUCAAUACGUACAAGUGGCAUACUGGCUCCAAGGGAAUGCUCAAUGAGGUGAAAGAAGAAGGAGUAGGAGCAGCUACUCCCACACCUAAAAUUGAUAAGACCCAGAAGGCCUCCACCAACAAAUGGAGCAAGAUGCACAACUGGCGCAAGGCCCUGAGUGAGGAAUCUGGAGAUAGAAAUUCAUCCAGUGGGAAAGUUGGAGAUGGAGCCAAGCCAGAUAAAGGCGCUGGUGGAACAAGGAAGAACCCCUUCAGAAGGGCCCUGUCCGAGCCUCCAGGGUCACUGUUUGGAACCCUGUCCCCUUCCUCCAGCGCAGCCAGCUCAGCAAAUGCAGCUUCAUCCUCAGCUGCUGCAGAGGCCUCAAGGGUCACUUCCGCAGACCCUUCACAGAGAGGAGGUGGAGGGGCACUCCUAAAAAAGUACCUGAGGACUGUUUCCCAGAAACUCAAGAGGCCCAGGCUGCAGACUCGGAGCAGCAACCCGGAAUUACUAACAGAUGUGAGAGAGGUUGAAGCGCUACAAGCUGUACCCACUGAACUGCCACGACUACAAUGGGCCCCACCUCAGGAGGUCCCCUUAUGGGACAUUAGCAACUGUAUCCUUGAAGAUGGGCAAAUUCUCAUAUCCCCAGAGGAAGAGCCAACGAUGUGGACCCGAAACCGCGUCAGCAGCUGCCUGUCCAACCUCAGCAUGCAGAACCUUGUAGAUAUCGACACAGAAUGUAGCCCUGACAACGUGGGCCUGCCAGGUGGCCCUAGACCAAAGAACCAAGAUGGUGGUGUGAGGGCACUGAUCAAGCGACGUCUGGAGCACAAGGCCAAGAAAAAUAGCAACACCCAAUUAAACCCAAUGGGACUAAACAAAGGAAGCAGGCACUAUGGUUCCCGGGAGUCUGUUUCAAUUCCAGUCAGUCCAGUGGGGAGUCUAGAUCUGAGUGCAGACACCAGCACUGUCAUCAGGCCGGUCCACAGCUCCAUCUUGGGGGAGAAGUACUGCUUUGAGGUGAUAAGCUCUGAGAACACCCACUGCUUUGGCUGCUCCUCAGCUGCCGAACGAGACCGUUGGAUUGAGGACCUGAGACGGGCUGCCCAGCCCAAUAAGGACAACAUUGAGCGCACAGAGAACUCCCUGAGUCUGUGGGUAAAUGAAGCCAAGGAUCUGCCACCCAAACGGCGCUAUUACUGUGAGGUACACCUGGACGGGACCCUGUUUGCCCGCACCAGUAGCCGAGCUGUCGGCAAGCCAUCUAACCGCUCCAGCCUGGCAGGGGACAGCUCUACUGGGUCUUCAGGAGGCCUGGGGGCCAGUGGAGGUGUGGCUGGAGGGUGUCAACUAUUCUGGGGUGAAUUUUUUGAGCUAGACAAUCUGCCCUGCGUCUCCCAGAUCACCUUGCACCUUUUCCGUGAAGAGGACCCCAAGAAAAAGCGCCAUUCCCGAGAUGAGUCAAGCCUGCACCCAAUGGGGAGUGUGGCCAUACCUUUAGCUGAUAUCCAAGGGAGGACCUAUCAGGAGAAGUGGUAUCCAAUCACACCAUACAAGGCCUCAGGUGCAGCGGGGAACAAAGAGAUGCUGGGAAUGCAGGCCUCACUUCGCAUCAAGGCCCGUUUCCAGAAUCUGCAGGUGUUGCCCAUGGAGAAAUACAAAGAGUUUGCUGAGUAUGUGACGGUGGAUUAUGUUGAAAUGUGCAGAAAUCUGGAGCCACUUCUGAAUGUCAAGGAGAAGGAAGAGCUGGCAGGAGCUCUGGUCCAUGUACUGCAGAGUAUCGGCAAAGCCAAGGAGUUCCUCACCGAUUUGGGUAGUGCAGAGGUGGAGCGUCUCGGAGAGAAGGAGGCACUGAUCUUCAGAGAGAACACACUGGCCACUAAAGCCAUAGAUGAAUAUAUGAAGCUUGUUGGCCAAAAGUACCUUAUUGACACACUAGGAGACUUUAUCACCCGUCUUUAUGCCUCUGUGGAGAACUGUGAAGUUGAUCCUCGUAAAUGCCAUGCCUCUGAACUGUCAAACAACCAGAGGCACUUAAAGGAAGCCUGUGAGGAGGUGGUGCAGAAGAUUACUGAGAUCCAUGGACCCUUUCCUGAAGAGUUAAACAAGAUCUUCUCAAGCUGGGUGGAGCUAUGUGAAGACCAGGGCAGACCAGAGAUUGGCCAGCGUCUAAUCUCUGCCUCCCUCUUCCUUCGCUUCUUAUGUCCUGCUAUCCUCAGCCCUUCUCUUUUUGGUCUGACACAGCCUUAUCCAGAGCCAAACACGCUGCGUACCCUCACCUUAACUGCCAAAGUAAUCCAGAAUUUGGCCAACUUCACCCUGUUUGGUGAAAAGGAAGAGUACAUGCUCUUUAUGAAUGAAUUCCUGCAGCAGCAUUGGGAUAGAAUGAGAGGCUUUCUCCAAACAGUGUCCAGUCUAGACAACGAAAUCCCAAUGACUUCCUUUGAUGGCUAUGUGGAUCUGCCUCUGCGCUUGGCUGUGCUCCAUGGCCUGCUGGUAGACAUUAUCUAUCAGAAGGACCAGGACACAGUUGACAAGCUGCACCCUCUGCCUUCAAUUCUGAACCAGAUAACAGAGUCAAUUGGCCCUGAAGCACCUCGGAUCAUAGUUAGUAGCGAAAUGGGACAAGCCAAGCCAAUGUAUGUUCCUCCUAAAGACUUAGGCAAGUACAGCCCUCACCAGUCAUCCCUCCAGCAGCUUCCUGUUGACUCCAAAGGCCUGCGAGAAGGGGAUGGCAGGCCUCGAAGGAGAAUGAGGAAGCCAGUCACCAGAACUCAGAGUGCUCCACACAGACAUCCCGGUCACGCAAAACAUGCUUUGAAGAGGCAAAGAAGUUCUGAAGCUCUGCCAACAUCUGACCAUGAACAAGAGAUGGAGAACAACCAGCCACUUAUCUCACCACCAAAUACUAGAACCAGUAUCAAACGCCCACCUGCACCAGUUCCCUGGAUCAAAGACAUCCACAACAGAGAGUCAAGUGAGAUGAAGAUUGAGAAUGAGGAGUUCAAUUUACUGGAUAGGCAUGCUCAAGAGCUGUCAGAGCUUCGUCUGGGGAUAGAGAAGGUGACGGAAUGUGAGCUCGACAUGGCAAAGCGCCUGGAGGACUUUAUUAUCCAAAGCCAGGACCAGAAUGCAAUGCUGCAGACUGAGGUGAACGAGCUCCGGAAUCUGCUGGCUGUGCGAGAGGAGCAGCUCGCCAGCGCCACCUUCAGGCUGGGUGUGAUAGAGGAAGAAAGGGAGGAAGAUGAGAGGAAGUUAAGUGUUGCCUUUGCAGCAACAGAGCGAAUGAACGUACUGGAGGAGCAGUUUGCAGGCCUGCUGAGGGACCUUAACCAGCUCAGUGAAGCCUACAACAGUGGCCAAAACAAUAUACAGCAUCCUGAAAAGCCACACAUCAACAGCAACUGAACCCUGAUAGCUUCAGUUUCACAGUUUUGUAUAAAUACAUAUAUAAAGUUCAUGUGGAAACCUCUGCCUCCCUGAAAUUGCAAUUUUGGUUACCUGGUUAGAUGUAAGUUUACUCUAUGAAGAUAUUCAGAAGGGAUGUGAGUGGGCAAACUGAUGACUCUCGGAUGAACAUAAACAUGAAACCUACAGAUUUUGUCUGCAUUUCAGCUUUUACUGUUUCUCAGCUACAGAUGCAUUUGAAUUUAAAAACCUUUAUUAAAAUAAAAAAAUUAAACCUGAA